CCUUUUGUAUAUAAAACCAUUCAUCUCCAAAUAUUUCCACGUCUUUGCCAAGACAUUUCUUCUUCUUCACUAUAACGUUGAUCAUGGCAACCUUUCAUAAACAAGAACUUGAAGAAGAUGAAGCCACGUCACCAGCAAACUCCGUUGCUCCUAAGGAGGAGCCUGAAUUAGAAGUCAUGCCAGUUCCUGUUCAAGUUCCGGCAGGGAUCAGGAUGCCGUUAAGUGCUGCUUCUCCGCCGAAAAGAUCGUCGACCAAGGACCGGCACACGAAAGUAGAGGGUCGGGGCAGAAGGAUCCGAAUGCCUGCAACGUGUGCAGCUAGGAUAUUCCAACUUACGAGAGAGCUUGGUCAUAAAUCAGACGGAGAAACCAUCAGGUGGUUACUUGAACAUGCAGAACCGGCGAUAAUUCAGGCUACCGGUACCGGAACUGUUCCUGCUAUUGCCAUGUCAGUUAACGGAACCCUUAAAAUCCCUACUACAUCUAAUGCUAGCUCAGAAUCAAACGACAAAAAGAAGCGUAAACGGCCCGCGAACAGCGAGUACAUUGACGUAACAGACGCUGCCGUUACGGUGUCCGCACCUCUUGCUCCGAUGACAACUCAUCAAGCUCAACCGGCGUUAGUUCCUAUGUGGGCCAUACCAUCAAACGCUGUCGUCCCGACAGGCGCUGCUUUUUUCAUGGUUCCAUCAUUUGCAGGUGGACCUUCUAAUCCACCUCAGUUUUUUACGUUUCCGGCGGCCGCUACUCCUCUUAUUAACGUCUCCGCCAGGCCAAUAUCGUCUUUUGUAUCGUCCAUGCAACAAGCCGCCAGUAAUAUAGCGGUGGCUGUUCCUGCUUCGAGCUCUUGUGUUAUUACAAAUUCUAAACCAGCCACAACUACAAGUACAGCAACAACACAGAUGCUUAGAGAUUUUUCUUUGGAGAUUUACGAUAAACAAGAGCUUCAGUUUAUGUCUCACUCGUCAAACCAUUGACAUGCAUUGAUCCAUCCGCCAUUAACGAGCUCAUAUCCUGAGCUUGAAAAUUUGCAUUGGUUGAUGUGUCACCACGUGCUCACGUGGCGACUGAAAUUCUAAAGUGUGCACGUGUCAAGUGGUGUCUCUGGGGUCCACUAUUUGUAGUGGUCAACACUGGAUCAGCAAUGGUUAACUGAACACCGUGAACCGUGCAGUGCAAAAACGAUUUAAAAGUUGGAUGGCUCCACCACAUUGGUCAAUCAUGUGAUGGGGCGCGGGCCCCAAAAACUGAGUGGGGCCUGCAGGAUCGUUUUCGGGCAUAGUUUACGAGGCAGCCGCGGUGGGUGGUCCCUAUUGGGACUGGUUCGGUAAUCUGUAGGACACGUUUGAGGUGCUUAUCUGUAUUAAGGUGGGGUCAUGCCUUUAGUAUUUGACACGUAGAGGUUCUUUGUUAUCUUAGCAUGGGGUCUAACUUAUACCUGCUGUGUUAGAAGAAACGUGAUUGUGAUGAGCUGCAUGCAAAUGUAUAUAAGUUCUGCUGCAUUUAAUUUGACUCAGUUUUUAAUCUAAUUAAAUUUUAAUCAUACAGCUAGUAAUUAAUGAAAAUAUAUUCCUCAAGUUUUC